UUGUCGAAUUUACCACCUCCAAAAAAAAAAACAUUUACUUUACCACCUCAUAAAAAAAUUAAACAUCAGUUUUACCACCUCAUCUGAGCUCAGGUGACGGAAAACGCUUGUGGGGCCCAGCAUAACGGCUAGUUUUUGAUUUUUUCCCAAAUUUCUCUCGAUUUCCCUUUUAUUUAAACCUAUUUCUUCAUUUGUACACCAAAUUCUUACAGAUUGGAGAUUAAUUUUUGCGAUUUUCUUCACAAAUCAGUAUUUUUGGGCAACCUUAACAAUCCCAAACCCUCUAAUUAUCAAACAAUCAAUUGAACUCCUCGACAACAAGCAUCAAAAAGAAGGGAAUGUCUUCAGUUAGCAUGUCACCCUCAAAGGAGAAAAAAUGCCAAUGUGGAGUUCCAAUGUCUAGGCUGACUGCUUGGACUAGGGAGAACCCUGGACGCAAGUUUAGGACCUGCAAAUUCUAUGAUCCUGUGACUGAGUCAAGGGGGUGUAAAGCUUUUGAGUGGGUGGAUCAACCAGAUGGAACACCUUGGCAAACAGAGGUGAUUAACAACUUGCUGCUGGACAAGAAACUAAUGAAGGGAGAGCUGAAUGACAUGAAGAGGGAAGUUGAUGAUGUUAGUGGACAAAGGAGGUGCUUGCUCAAUGAGAUUGACAGCUUGAAGAUGAAAUGCAAAGCUCUUAGCUCAGACAGGAAGAAGAUGAUCAAGGAAGUGCAUGGCAGCAAUGCAACAACAAAGAAAAUGCUCACAGUACAUGCUAUUGUUGUGUUUUGUUGUUUUGGUUUGGUACUGGCUAUGUAUUUUAGAUCUUAGGUUCAUUUAGGAAUGCUUAGAAACAAA